AUGGUGGUACUGGACACGAGGAGGAAAUUGAAACGGUGUGAGAUGACUUUACUACUACUCAUGAUAACAACCUGUCCAUUGCUUGUUCGCGGCGAGAUGCGCAAAUCGUGGCAGACGAAAAGUGUCGACUUACAGGCUCAGAUGCUUAAAGCUGCCCGGCUUGAAGAUCCUCCGAAUGCGAAACCUCCGGAACCGAGAGAUGUGGAAACAGGCUCAGCAAUGGAGGAUCCCAAUAAUGAGGCACUUACCGAACCACCGUUCUCGGCAGCUACUGAGAAAGCUGCGGAAGUGGUUAAAGCAAAGCCUGCGACAGUUUUUAGUAGCCGAGUGCGUAGCAAAUACGGAACCAUUGUAGGAUCGGUCGUUCCAGAAAAGGCGACCGAGAAUAGUGUAACUCCCGGUACACAGAAUGCUGGCGUGCGUGCUGUUCCGCUCGGAUUCGAGCACAGUCCAGAGGAAAUACAAAUAGACGAUGCUACAGUACAGGAUGAUGAUGAUGAUGAUGAUGAUGACGAUGAUGAUGAUGAUGAUCCACUCGGAUGGAAUGGGGCACAAAGUGAUCAGGACAAACAGUACGAUCUGAUCGAAAACAUCCUGGAGGAGGUUGAAGGACGCGUGUCGGGUGAGAAGCGUGACGAAGCGGAUGAGUUGCUGCGGUCUAGGACGAAAAAGCCUACCGAACGUACGAAGGUAUACACGUUCCCACCGGUACUAAACAUGACAAUCGACGAACCGAACAACAUUGUGAAGGUGAAGCUCAAUCAGGACAUUGUACGUGAUAUGCUAAAUACCGGGCGUGAAUCGGGCGGAGGUAUCGGUGGCAAGAAGAUGCUACGCUACGUGCUCCCACUGUUCAUCCUGCCCUUCCUGAUCCAGUCCGCCGUCAUACCGUUCAUGCUGACGGCGGUCAAGCUGUUCCUGCUCAAGUCGCUGAUGGCGGGCAAGUUGGCCAUCUUUCUGCUGCUGCUCGGAGCGUUCAAAAACUUUACCAAAAAGGACCGUGACGUGUACGUGAAGGACUUGCCCGAUCGACGGUACGAGCCAUCGAGCGAAGGGUUCGCUUAUCUGGCCGAGGGACGGCCAAGCGGAUGGAUUAACUAG